AUGAAUCUACGUUCUGUAUUUACUGUAGAGCAACAAAGGAUUUUACAGCGUUAUUAUGAAAAUGGAAUGACAAAUCAAAGUAAAAAUUGCUUUCAGCUCAUAUUACAGUGUGCACAGGAGACUAAGCUGGACUUCAGUGUAGUCAGGACGUGGGUUGGCAAUAAGCGAAGAAAAAUGAGUAGUAAAAGCUGUGAAUCCGGAGCAGCAGGAACUGUGUCUGGUACCUCAUUGGCAGCUCCAGACAUUACAGUCAGAAAUGUGGUUAAUAUUGCCCACCCUUCAAGCCAGCAAUCUUCUUGGACUUCUGCCAAUAAUGAUGUCAUUGUGACUGGUAUAUACAGUCCAGUAAGCUCAUCAAGUAAGCAAGGCACUACAAAGCUUACAAAUACACAAAUUACAGAAGCACAUAAAAUUCCUAUUCAGAAGGCAGCCAGUAAAAAUGACACUGAAUUACAAUUGCACAUUCCUGUUCAAAGACAAGUAGCACACUGUAAAAAUGCUUCUGUGCUCCUAGGGGAAAAGACAAUUAUUUUGUCAAGACAGACAAGUGUACUAAAUGCUGGAAACUCAGUGUACAAUCACACAAAGAAAAGCUAUGGAAGUUCUCUGGUGCAAGCUUCUGAAAUGACAGUACCUCAAAAGCCAUCUGUGUGCCAGCGACCUUGCAAAAUUGAACCAGUUGGGGUUCAAAGGUCAUAUAAACCUGAACAUGCAGGUCUGGCAUCACAUAACUUAUGUGGGCAAAAGCCAACUGUUAGAGACCCUUGCUGUAGAACACAAAAUUUGGAAAUUCGUGAAGUGUUUUCAUUAGCAGUCAGUGAUUACCCUCAGAGAAUUCUGGGAGGAAAUAGCAUACAGAAGCCAGGCUCAGCAGAAGGAACUUGUUUGUCCAUUGCAAUGGAGACUGGAGAUGCAGAAGAUGAAUAUGCCAGAGAAGAAGAGCUGGCAUCAAUGGGAGCACAGAUAACAAACUACUCAAGGUUUUAUGAAAGUGGCAAUUCCCUUCGAACUGAGAACCAAAGUACAACUUUGCCUGGACCAGGAAGAAACCUGCCAAAUUCACAAACAGUGAAUAUUAGAGACUUGUCAGACAAUGUACUGUAUCAAAAUAGAGACUACCAUUUGACACCACGGACCUCACUGCAUACAGCAUCUAGUACUAUGUACAAUAACACUAAUCCAUCACGGAGUAAUUUUUCUCCACAUUUUGUAUCAUCAAACCAACUGAGAUUAUCACAAAACCAAAACAAUUACCAGAUUUCAGGAAACCUUUCUGUGCCUUGGAUUACAGGGUGUUCGAGGAAAAGAGCACUACAAGACCGCACUCAAUUCAGUGACCGAGACUUGGCUACUCUUAAGAAGUACUGGGACAAUGGUAUGACCAGCCUGGGCUCUGUAUGUAGAGAGAAAAUUGAAGCUGUUGCAACUGAAUUAAAUGUCGACUGUGAAAUAGUUCGGACUUGGAUUGGGAAUCGAAGAAGAAAAUACCGUUUAAUGGGAAUUGAAGUCCCACCUCCAAGAGGAGGCCCUGCUGAUUUCUCUGAGCAGCCUGAGUCUGGUUCUUUGUCUGCACUCACACCAGGAGAGGAAGCUGGGCCUGAAGUAGGAGAGGAUAAUGACAGAAAUGAUGAAGUGUCCAUCUGUUUGUCCGAAGCAAGCUCUCAAGAGGAGUCCAGUGAACUUAUCCCAAAUGAGAGCAGGGCACAUAAGGAUGAAGAGCAUCAGGCAGUAUCCGCAGAUAAUGUGAAAAUAGAAAUUAUCGAUGAUGAAGAAAGUGACAUGAUAAGCAAUUCCGAGGUAGAACAAGAAAAUUCUCUCCUGGAUUACAAGAAUGAAGAAGUCAGAUUCAUUGAAAAUGAGCUAGAGAUUCAAAAGCAAAAAUACUUUAAGCUCCAGACUUUUGUUAGAAACCUGAUUCUCGCUAUGAAAGCUGAUGAUAAAGAACAGCAGCAGGCACUGCUGGCAGAUUUACCUCCAGAAUUAGAAGAGAUGGAUUUCAGUCAUGCCUCACCGGAUCCUGAUGAUACCUCAUUCAGUGUGUCUUCUUUAUCAGAGAAAAAUGCCUCAGACAGUUUGUGA